CCAAAAUCGCUACCGGUAUCACUUAUAAAUGGGACUACUUUGUCAACACAUGCGAUCCUCAUUAUCGACUACUGACGCUUUGGAAUCAAGAGAUCGGCACAUCAUUUUCGUCAAAGAGUUCGCUGAUUUGGUUUCCAUCUUUCAGAAGAUUCAGAGAUCCAUUGAAGACUUGCGAGUAUGUCCAUUCGACGUUGAAAAAGUUUAGAGAACAUUUGGAUAAAAUUCAAAAGAAGGUGGAUCGCUUGAAACUCGAGGGAUACUCCAACUUAAACCAAUGGGUAAGUAGACUUGACAAACAAGUCGAGCAAGUUCUUCUCACGCGACUGCAACAAGCCGUCAAAGCCUGGACGGAAGAAUUUCUUCGCUAUGGUGCCGAUUCGACUACUGGUGACUCCACUUCGCGCGAUCGAGGAAAAACCACAAAGGGCAAGCGUCGUAAU